AUGUUCCGGGACGAGACAGUGAAAGUCGAGAAAAGGGGCGAGGGCUGGAAUUCGUUGAAGCUACCCGUGGCUAUACCUACGGAUCCGGCUGAGCUCGGGCUCUCGUUCUACGUCGACCACUACAUCCUUGGGUAUCCGGACGAGGUCAGGAAGCCGGAGGACCUCAGCAGUCAAAUAUGGUUCCAAAGCUCCUCAUCCCAGGCCACCAUGGCCGCCCUGGGCCUGGCUGGUUUGGGAAAUCUACAUGAUGACAAGCAGCUACAGCACCUGUCAAGAAUCAAAUACGGUGAGGCUUUGAGCCUUGCGAAUGAGGCCCUGCACAAUCCGUUGCAAAACUUGGAAGCGGCUAUCAAGACUACCGUCAUGCUCGCCUUGUUUCAGUGCGUCCAUGCAACACACGAGGCUCAUGAGAAUCUUAUACCAUGCGUCACAAGCGGUGUAAACCUCCCAGAAAACUUUUUCGACUGGCUGCGGGAGAGGAAGACCUCAGACCUGCUCCCCGAGGACGAAAAACCCGGGGCCGACCUCAUCCCCAUCAUCGCAAGAUUCGCACGGCUCAACGCCACCUUGCGCACCAGGGUACACGCCGACGGGGACGAAUCCACAGAACAAAUGCUGCUGCAGCUCCUGGCCGUGGAUGCGGAGAUGGACGGAUGGGAGGCGUCCCAGGAAGGGAAGUGGAAGUACGAGGUGGUCAGCUCGCCGGACCUGCCGCACGAGGCCAUCUUCCGCGGCAGUUACCACCGCUACUCGGACGUGUGGGCGUCCCGGAUAUGGAACCACUUGCGCUGGGCGCGGCUGCUGGCUAAUCAGCGGAUACUCGAGCUGGCGGCGGAGAACCCGAGAAGCGCCGCGGGCGCCGGGUUGAAGUCGCCGCCGGGCAUCCCGUUGCAGGAGGAGCGCAUCCGCGAGACGGUGCGACGGCUGGCGGUCGACGUGCUCAAGUCGGUGCCCACGCACUACCGCCACCCGCGGCUGUCAAGGGAGCAGCUCGACUCGGUGCAGUCGCACGGGGGCGCCGGCUCCGGGGCCUUCGGCAUCCCGCACCUCGCCUUCCAGCUCCGCGUCGCCGCGUGCGCGCCGGGAGUGCCGUAUGACGUCUGGCGGUGGGCGCUGGACGUCCUGGAGACGGUGUGGUCUGAGCUGGGGAUGCUACACGCCAAGAGUCUGGCGGACGUACUGAGGAAACACCGGGACAAGCUGGACAGGGACAGCAUAAAAGGAAAGCUGAAGACUGAGAGGGACGAAGAUGCCGAAGGGGGACUGCUUCGUGUGGGACAGUGA